GCUGUGCUCAAACGCGAGGCACAAGGCCACGGCCAAGGCAGCGUACGACCCCUCAGAUCUGCUGCCAGGCCGACGGGAGGAGUGUGCCAGGAACACUCGUCUGGGCGCACCGUGUGCCUGGCGGCCAGAGCCGGGGGGAGCGCUGGCCUUGCGCUGCCGGGAACACCGCGGUCCGAGCCGCGGGGCAGGGAAAAAACAACCAAAACAACUCCCUGGAACCAAAACAUAAACAACCCCCCAACAAGCGCUCUCCCGGCGGCGGAUGUUCGCGGCUGAGCCCUGGGGCCGGAGCCGUGCUUUGGGACAGGGGCUUCUCCGCCACCCCCUCCUGUCCCCGCGGCUCUCCGGCCGCGCAAGCUGUCACCGGGGAUGGCCGAGCGCGGCUGCCACCGCUACCCGCGGAUGCUGCCCGCGCCCCGGCAGUCUCCGCCGCUCCCGCUCCGCUCCCGCCGCCUCCUCCCUCCCUCGGCAGGCGGGGCUGGCCCGCCCCCGGGCUUCCCCCACCGCCCGGCAAGGGGAGGGGGCUCUGGCACCGCCCCAUCCCCGCCCCUCCCGGUGGAGCAGCGCCCGGCGCGCCCCUUAAAGCCGUUCCCGGCCGCCCGCGCGGUCAGUCCGCGGGGCCGCCGCCGGUCACCGCGGGGAGGCGCCGGGACGGGGUGGCCGCGAUGCUGGAGAACGGCUCCCUGAGGAACUGCUGUGACCCGGGCGGGCGCGGCCGCCUCGGCUUGGCGGAGCGGGAGGCGGCGGCGGCGGGCGCCCCGCGGCCCGCCUGGGUGGUGCCGGUGCUGUCCAGCGUGCUGAUCUUCACCACCGUGGUGGACAUCCUGGGCAACCUGCUGGUCAUCCUCUCCGUCUUCAAGAACCGCAAGCUUCGGAACUCAGUGUGUGCAGGGACUCCCAGGCGCUCCGUCACCCUCCCCAGCGCGCCGCCUCUGCGCUCCCCUCGGGCUCCGUCCUGCCCUCCGUCCGGGAGCGCAGGUCGUUCCGUGGCUCCUAAUGAGGCAUUAUGUGGUCUCUAUGGAGCUCCCGAAGAGGGGAAUCGGUGCCAUCCGGCGGCAAAAAGCGUGCCCAAAGCCGUCGGAAGAGUGAAGGAGGAGCUUUUAAAACUUGCUCAAGAGUCCCCCACGGUGCUGUGCAUGCGUGGGGAGGCGGCUCAGCCCGCUCUCUGGACCCCUCAUCAGAGUUCACGGUAGUCUUCACGAAAUCGCCUUCUCGUCUCCUCAUCGCGUAUCCUUCAACCAGAACGCAACCAAUAAAGUGCGGUGUUGUUGUCUUUGAGUCGUGUCUACAGUUUCUCCUUGUGUGUGCUAGAAUGUUGCUCUGCGUUUUUUACUUGCUAAACAUACCGGCUUUAUCUCCUCAUCUCUGCCGGGCUGGUUACAACAUGUUUCAAACUACAAAACUCUGUAGUUUGUCACCAGCUUCUCUCAUUUGCCUCCUGGCCCUGAUUCGCGCACGUCCCGCUGCGUGCGGAUCCCAGAGCUCCUCCGGCUCCCCCCGUCCAUGGAGCCGAUUAUUCCCUGACGCGCAGGGCUGGGCACUCGGCUGGAUGCUGGGUGUCGGUGCAGUAUAAAGUGCUACCCCCGAAAUUGUGGUGUAUGUGCUAUAGUUCUUAUAGUACUUAGCUGUUCCCGGAACUCCUCAUUCCUCCGAGACUCGAGUUCUCUCCUUUUCCAUGCGCACGCAGGUCGGGGUAACCAAACUUUGCUGGGAGCUGGCGGGAGUCCGAAGCGCUACGCUCCUCUCACUGGGAGCCAGAGGGUUCUGCCAUCGAUCCUCUGUGUCAGCGGGUGCUCCCUUGCCACCGGGAAGGAGGGAGGGCGGCUGGCUUGUUUCUCCUGGGGGUGGUGGGGGUGUUGGUUUGGGGUUUUUGUAACCAGUGUCGCUUCCCCAGCGCUGUCGUGUCUCACGUGCGGCGACUAGACCCGCGCUCGCUCGCCCUUGCUUUAAGCUAAAUGGUGCUUAGGGGCAAAAGCAGUUUAUGGAGGGAUCGCUCUGGCGCUCCCCAGUCUAGCUGCAGGCGGGAGAUGCCGGCAGGUCCCGUGUACACGGGGCUGAGGGAUCACACCCCGGAGCAGCACCGAGCCUGAGAACG